CCGUCCCCUCAUAUCCCACUCCACCCUUACAAUAAAAAAAGCAAGCAGCAGCAGUACGGGUGACGCGCGCGCGGGGAAGCACCCAGCAGUAUGUGCGCGCCCACGGGAGGGGCCGACAGAAAAUGGCGAGUCUGUGCAAACGGCAGCAAUGCACGAUAGAGAGGCGCGGCUUUCGGCAGGAACUUGACUCCUGGAGGCACAAACUCAUUCACUGUGUAGGCUUUGAAAGCAUCCUGGAAGGCUUGUUUGGGCCGGGAGUAGUCAAAGACGUCACGCUUUUCCAAGAUUGCGAGCCUGAGGAAGUGUCCGACUGGUCUUUUGAUGAAAACUGUCUCUUCUGCUGCCUACGACGCGAGAAAGUCAAGGAGCACAGGGCUGAGGUCAGCGCCGGCAGCCAGGUGCUGUCGGAGUGCGACGACCCCAAACAGGAGCAGUCUCGGAUCAGCCGGCUGGAGAGACAGGCUGAAGACUUCCUCAAUGCUGUGUUCCACAGGAAAGAACUCCCAAGUUUCUCAGACCCUCACAUUCCUCUAGUGGCUCGUGAGAUCAUGCAGCGAAUGAUCCGCCAGUUUGCCGCCGAAUAUACCUCAAAAACUACUCAGGACGACCCGCCCCCGCCCAACGGCACCAUGAAGGACCAAAGCCUGCCGAGAGCGGCGUCUCUGGCUGCCGCCCCUUGCUCGCCGGGGCCCGCGCCCUCCUCCCCUCCAUCGUCUGCCUCCUCAUCCCCGUCCCCGGGCCUCAGCCCCCCUGCCUCUGCCACUGCCGUUUGCACCGAGAGCAGUAAUGGCACCAUUAACGGUGGUGGAGGAGGGGACGGAGCAACAGCUGCUGCCUCUGCACAGAACCCCGUCCUCAGCAAGCUUCUCAUGGCCGACCAAGACGGCCCGCUGGACCUGACCGUCAAGAAGAACCAGCCAGAGGCAGAGCCUACACAGCAGGACGGCGUCCUGGACCUCUCCACCAAGAAGACCCACAGUGCAAGCAGCCCAAAAACCAUCCCGGGCUUCUCCUCGGCACACGGGCUCAAAGGGCGUUCCUUAAAAGUGGAACAUUCCCUGCCAGAGGUGGACGAGGACGACGGCCUGCUGCAGAGAAGCUUGCAGGAUGGACUUCGAGACAAUUACAUCAGCUCCAACUCCUUCAAGCCGCCGUUGGCCCGCUCGCUGCGCAUCAAGGAGGAGCUCCUCAGCCAGAAGCACCGCCUCCUUAGCCAGCCCGCUGCUCUUUCAUUGGCCAACCUGGAGUCGGCCGGCCUCCUCAAUCAUGGCCAGUCGCACUCCUUGCUUGGCCACAAGGGUUCCUCCUCCUUCUGGGGGAGCAAGGCCCACCUUGAAAGCCUGAUGAAGCUUAAGCAGGCCAGCGGCGCUCUGAGCGGAGCCCUCGGCGACCUCAAAGACUUCCCGACGUUCCUGGAGAAUCACCACAACCACCACGGAGCCUUCUCCUUCAAGAGUUCCCUCCAUCACCACCACAAUCAAGUGUCGAAGGCCCCGCAUCACCACAACGAUGGCAAGCGAGACCAGGGCCAUUCGCCACCAGUCGACCUGAAGAUCCCCCAGGUUCGAGGCAUGGACCUCUCCUGGGACUCUCAUGCCUCUGAGCUGUAUGGCUUUGGGGCCCUUGGGGGAGCGGGUGGUGGACAUAGUGAGAAUGCCUUGAGCCGGAAGCUGAGAGCCAUCCUACCCAAGCAGAACCGGCGGGGAGGAAGUCUCGGGAGCUUGCUGGACGGGGCGGCGGACUAUUGGACCGCCGAUUUGGACCACUCCACAUCCGGUCCGGCAUACUCAACCUCCGAUGCGGAAGGGGACCCAAACUCCAAGCAGCCAAGAAAGAAGAGGGGUCGUUAUCGGCAGUACAACACCGAGAUCCUGGAGGAGGCCAUUGCCGUGGUGAUGAGCGGUAAGAUGAGCGUCUCCAAGGCCCAGAACAUGUACGGUAUCCCCCACAGCACCCUGGAGUACAAAGUCAAGGAGCGCAUGGGAACUCUGAAGAACCCUCCAAAGAAGAAACUCAAGCUGAUGAUGAAGAUGGAAGCUGUCGGCCCAGAUUUUCCCGGCGAAUCCGAGAACACGCCUGCCGUGACCCCGCGAGACGAUGCACCCCCACUGGCAGCAGCUGAGCUGAAGGACGACGUCAAAGAAGAGAUUGAACCGAUGGAUUAGACAACCACCACACGUAAAACCUCAGUCGAAAGACCUUUGAAAAACCACGGGGCUUUGUUUGUGCCAAUUUUCUUUGCAGUAUCUGGGUGAGCACAAAUGCAGGGAUAAAAACAAGAGGAUUCUUGAAGAAAAAUAACUCAUCUGAACAUUUUUAGCGCCGGAUUGGCGCUCCUGAAGCAUUUGCUUAGGUUUUCUAUCCAAAUGCAGCCAGAGACAAAAAUUGAACAAUUUAAUGAAAUUUCCUCAAGCAUGCUGAUAAUCCCUGGCCCGAAAAAACCUGGAGAACCUGAAUUGCCACUGCUUAAAAACGCAGUGCGGGCUUUCUUGGGAACAUUACAAUUUGGGCAAAUGACGAGGGGGACGCUUCAAAAUGAUCUCUUGAAACAAACGGACAAAUUAACGCCCCUCCGUCAUGGAGUCAAAUUGGCAAGUGACUCUUGGUUUUGAAACCAACUUGUACGUUUUAAUCACGCCGUCAAGAUUCUUCGUCAGGGUUGUGAAUCCAAACCCACCUGCCAGGUAGCCAUGAUGCUUUAACUGCAAAACCUUUCUUUCCUCCUUACGAUGUUUUACUGAGUUCUGUGCGGACGAAAGCCACGUUCGGAACGAGAAGACACACAAAAGUCAUUCAGGGAUGCAUGUAUGUGAGUUUUGUGAAAAAAACUACUGACUUCUAAGAUCAUUUCCUCUAUCUUUAUCUUUUCUUCUGAUUUAUUUUGCUUUCUUUUGCACUACACUUUGGGUCUGGCGCUUACGGACCAGGUUACCUCGGCAUUGUUGCCCCUCGCAUCAUGCACUUAUUAUGGUCUGUCUCACAAGCCCAGUCGCAAACUCGCAUUGGGUCAGGGGGGGCUCGCCGCCUUUGCACGCUGGUCCACAAUCAGAUCCGCAAAGGUCCUGGACCCUCCUAAUCUUAUUAUGGAUCAGCUGCUUUUAAGGUGGCGCGCUACCUCAUGGACCUCCAUCAGUGUCUCAUGGCUGAUCCUGGAAUGCUGUCGGAAUUCUCUCGGGACGGUGACCGAGGUGAUGGACUUGUACUUGACUGAGGGCUUUCCAGGAUCAGCGUGAAACUCAGCUGCUAUCCAGUUGAUGAUCCUGCUCCUAUGCUAAUGUUUUAGCCAGAUUCAGCUAACGAGUUUAGCUAGUCUCGGCUAACGACGACACUUUGCUGAUGUUUUUCUUUCCUUUUUUCUAAUCAAGUGGCUCAGCUAAUCGAGUUCCUCUCCAUCAAAUUUCAAGUUUUAAAGGCAGUUUUACUACGACAAUGUGCAUUUAUAGUGGGGUGUUUGUUUCGGGGCGGGGGGGGGGGGGGGGGUGUUCAUAUGCAGUUGGGGUGGGGUAAAGUCAGAUUUAAUAUAUUAUAAAUUAUUAUGACUGAUAAAAAGCCAAUCGUGAUUCUGGAAGGUUUCUUUUCUGCUGUUUUUUUAACUCAGGGUAACUGAGACGUGGCUUUCAAUUCCUGUAGGACAAACAAGACUAGUACUACUCAACACAAAGUAUGGCAAGAUAGCAGCUCCAUGGCUCAUGUUGAUUUUGGCAAUCAAAGUUGUUGGAGCUAACUACUACUAUCCUACCACUACAUCAUAGCACUUUUAGACAUUACGAGCUGUUGUGCAUGUAGCGUAGCUCUUCUCUGGAGGGUCACUGCGGAGCAUGCUUUAGCGUUCAGGAGGUUGUAGCUGCGACAGGAACCGCUUAUCGCCACCUGCCGGGGUGAAGUGGUUUUCAGCUAGAACACACUGACGCUCCAGAGUUAGAAACAGGCGGAAAAUGAGCAUCCAUCAGAGGACGGAGGUGGAAACACAAAAAUGCUGUUAUUGCUAUCUUCUGUUAGUGGAGCUUUUUGUUUGUCAUGUGUUUUAUUUGUUUUUGGUAAUUGUUGCUCUUUUCGGCCUGGAUGAUUCACUUCUUUAAAUGUACUGUACAUGUAUGUAUUUGAUUUGCUUUCUUCCAAAUGGCAUGCACCGCUUUGUUUUUGGCUGAUUUUGGGUUUUGGGCCAAUUGAAUAUUCAUUGUGUUGGGGAUUUCGACAGAGACAAUUCAUCGUUAUUGAAUUAGCAUUGGCGCCCCUCACUACCUGAUUCAUAUAACCUUCCCCCCACUAAAGCUUUGUCCCGCCCAUGGCCUGAUUGGCAGGCAUGCACGGCCAAUGGGAAAAGACUACCACACAGCCGGGGCUCUUCAUGCAUGAAAUGCAUCCAACACUCGAAUAAUGCUGAGCAUUUGAAGUGUCUAAAACGUUCUGAGCGUCAGGUUGGACCCGCGAAGGACGGUGCACUCGUCUGCGAGUGCGGAAAUGGAAGCACUUGUUUAGACUGCUGACGCGAUUGCGUCGCUUUGUUCCAGAAACGAAUAAGCGUCCAUUUUUAAAUCCUUUUUUUUUUUUUGGAAUGCAUGUAGCGCAUGGAUUUGUGUUAAACAAGAUUUGCAUGUAAAAAAAACCCACACACACACACAAAGUGAUUGGCACUUAUGCGCAACUUUGCAUGGAAAAACUAGCAGCACUUAGACCCCCGCCCCCCGAACCAUCUGUGAAUCAGUCGCUAAGAUGUUCCCUCUCCAGAACAUUCCACGUUCUCAUGAGCGUCCCACUUUCAGCCAAAUGUCAUCGAAUGGGGUGCAUGCCAUUUAUUUGACUUUCUAUUGAUUGUUUAUGCUCAUGUGGUUAAUGCCCCCUGCCCCCACCCCGCCCCCCUCUCCUCUUAAACAUGA